GGAAGCAGAGAAGUUGCUGCAUAGACACAAUGCUCGGUCGAGGUGUGUGUGUCAGGCAGGCGACAGUGCUGCUCCUGCUGCUGCUGCUGCUGCAUUGUCGAAUAAUUACGUCUUUUCAAAACGCGACCGUAAAGAACGCUGUUAGCGGCGUGACUUUUAAUGAUACGGAAUUAUUUUUAACCACUCCUGGCACUGAGAGUAGAGAGAAUGGCACCGCAGCGGAGCGAGUCUCUGAUGUGCAGAAGGAAAACUCGGACACAGGACACAGAACUAAACCCGACUGUCCACCAGUGGGAUUAGAGUCUCUGAGGGUGUCUGAUUACCAGCUACAGGCUUCAACAUCAUUAAGCAGUGGGUUAGGCCCCCACCGAGGACGCCUCAAUAUCCAGUCAGGUCUGGAGGAUGGAGAUGAGUAUGAUGGAGCAUGGUGUGCUGGGAUGGAGGAUAAAGAGCAGUGGUGGCAGUUGGAUGCUCUCAGACCAACUCUCUUCACUGGGGUCAUUCUGCAGGGCAGAAGCUCCAUCUGGACCUUGCAUUGGGUCACAGAGUAUAAGGUGCAGUUCAGUAAUGACUCUGUGACAUGGCAGCCCUGCAUGAAUGGAUCACAAGAAGCAGUGUUCAUAGGUAGUCAGGACCAGGAGACACCUGUGCUGGCUCUGUUUCCUGAACCCACCACUGCUCAGUACAUUCGCAUCAACCCACAGAGCUGGUUCAGGACCGGCACUAUUUGCCUUCGAGCUGAAAUCCUGGGCUGCCCCAUGCCAGAUCCUCACAACCAGUACACAUGGGAGUCAGUGAGAGGUUCUACUGACAAGUUAGACUUUAGGCAUCAUAAUUAUGCUGAGAUGAGAAAGUUACUGAAAGCAGUGACUGAUGAGUGUCCUGAUAUUACACGAAUCUAUACUAUUGGGAAAAGUUACACUGGGCUUAAACUCUAUGUCAUGGAGAUUUCAGACAACCCUGGAAAGCAUGAACUGGGAGAGCCAGAGUUCCGCUAUGUUGCUGGAAUGCAUGGAAAUGAGGCUUUGGGUCGGGAACUGGUGCUGAACCUUAUGCAGUACCUCUGCCACGAGUACAAACGAGGCAAUCAGCGAAUAGUACGGCUGGUGAAAGAAACACGUAUUCACAUUUUACCAUCCUUCAACCCUGAUGGAUAUGAGGCAGCAUAUGAAAAGGGGUCUGAGCUGUCUGGAUGGGCUUUAGGUCGCUACAGCUAUGAGGGCAUUGACAUGAACCAUAACUUUCCUGACCUCAACAACAUCAUGUGGGAUGCUCAGGAGGUGGCAACAGACAAAAAGAAAGUCAGCAACCAUUACAUCCCCAUGCCAGAGUACUACACCACAACCAACGCAACAGUUGCUCCAGAGACACGAGCAAUAAUAAAUUGGAUGCAGGAAAUUCCCUUUGUUCUGAGCGCUAACUUGCACGGAGGAGAGCUGGUGGUAUCCUACCCAUUUGACUGCACAAGAGACUGGAUCGCCCGCCAGGACACCCCUACUGCAGAUAACGACUUCUUUCGCUGGCUAGCAGCUGUUUACGCCUCUUCGAAUCUGGUGAUGGCCAACCCUGACCGCAGAAUAUGUCAUUUCGAGGACUUUCAGCAAUACAGCAAUAUUAUUAAUGGAGGAGACUGGCACACUGUCCCAGGAAGCAUGAAUGACUUCAGCUACUUGCACACUAAUUGCUUUGAGAUAACUGUGGAGUUGUCAUGUGAUAAAUUUCCCCAUGCCAGUGAGCUUCCUGUUGAAUGGGAGAACAACAAGGAGGCUCUUCUGCUCUAUAUGGAACAGGUGCACAGAGGCAUAAAAGGUGUAAUCAGAGACAAAGACACCAAGCGUGGUAUUGCAAAUGCUAUUAUUAAAAUCGAGGAUCUGGACCAUGACAUUAGAUCAGCUAUAGAUGGUGACUACUGGCGCCUGUUGAAUCCUGGUGAGUAUAAGGUGAUUGUCUGGGCAGAGGGAUACUUUUCUGCUGUGCGUCACUGCGCUGUAGGAUCAAAGCCACAGGCCACCAUCUGUGACUUCAACCUUGUAAGGCCACCACAAGAGCGCAUCAAGCAGAUCCUGGCCAAAGGUGGGAAGAUUCCUCGGGAUGAACAGCUUCGCAUCAGAGCCUUGAGAAUGCGCAAACUCAGAGUCAGUACAAAGAUUUUAAACCGCCGGCGUGAGCAGCAGCAGCGGCGUGCCAAAGCCAAGAAAAAGUGAAUGGUACACAUUGCAAAACUCCUAAACAAGGACUUUUGGAAACUCUGAUAACAGAAUGAGAAUCUCAGGAGGCUUAGAUGGAUGGAAAGUAGUAGUGUGUAUAAAGGAUGCUUGGUCAGUUUCUUAUAUUCCCACUUUGUUACAACAUUCAUUCUGGGAUCUGAACUGUUUCAAUUUGAAAUUUACACCUGGGUAAAAGCAACCCUGGUAUUUUAUUCCUUUAAAAGGAUGUGAUCAGUAUUGAAUUAGCCCAUCUCUGCUCUGCGCAGUGUGUCCCUGAGCAACUUUUAAACACUGAAAUUGUUUAAGAAUUCAUGUAAAUGUGAAAACUCAACAGUGAAAAAGGUAAGGUAUAGCUGGUUUUCUAUACCUGUAACAAUUUUGCAUCAGCAACAUGUAACAAGUUAUUUUAAACUUCAAUAAAAUAAAUAACCAUUUUGUUUAAAAAUUUUAA